AUGAUAUCGUAUUCCGAUGACCAAUUAUACAAAGAUGCAGUUUUCUCUUCAAAAAAUAAUGAACUGAAAAAAUCUAUGUCAUAUUGGGUUCCAUUAAUGAACAAAUGUUUUGUUAGAAAUAGUGACAAGGAUAAUGUAGACCAAGCAAUAGUUAUAGAUGAUACGUUUUAUCAGAAUUUACCACUUGUUAUAGAAUUUCUUCAAUCGUUAUUUGGGUAUGCUUUGGAAGUCAAUCAAAAUAAUAUCUUUGCUGGUAACAGUGAGGAUGACUAUGAAAUAGAUACAGAAGAAGAGGAGGAGGAGGAGGAGGAGGAGGAGAAUAUUGAAAAUGAAAAUGACGAGAAACAUCUUAAAAAUACUAAAUUUUUCCAAUUUGGUUUAAAAGAAGAUGAUGAAAUUGACUUUACGAAUGAGGAAUCUAAUAAUCAGGUUAUUGAUAGUGAUGAUAACAAUUCUAUAAGCAUUACAGAUUUUAAUGACUUUAUGAAAGAAGGUAGAGCAGUUUUCCGUUUAAUGAUUGAAUUCAUAUUAUCUAUAAUAAAUACAAAGAUGAAUAAUACUAAUGAUAAAACUAGUCUGAUUAAAUUAUAUACUAUCCUAGCAGAUUGUUUUAAAGAAUUAGAUGAUAUCAAAAACUCUCUGAAUUAUUAUAAUCUAGCAUUGGCUAGCUGCGAACAGAUGAAUAAUACGAAUCUAAAGAUAUCUAUUUUACUGAAGAUCACAGAACUAAUCAAAUGGACUGAUCAACCUAUGGAAAAAUCAGAUUAUUAUUUUAAAAUUUACAAGAAAUCUUUGAUAGAAGCCAUAAAAUUAAUAAAAUCCUCUAAAGAUGACGAAUAUAUUCCAAUUUUACCCGGUUUAAAAGAAGAAUUACACGAAUUGAAAUUACAGGGAAGUCGUACAAAUGAUAUCAGAUCCUUACAUCCAGAUUUUGAUAAUGUGUUGAAAAGAGCAUUAGGACAAAUAUCCACAGAUACAAUUAAGAUAGACAAUGUUAAUGAUUUAUCCAACUUAAUUCAAAAAAAGAAACCAAAAAGAAAAUGA